GAGGCAGAAAAAUUAAACCUUUCCUUUCAUCCCAUGUCAAAAAGAGAAAACUAUUCACAGCAGGCAGCGCAUAUCUUAUUGCCUGUCAAUGACAAUCUUUUUUAUUCACCCCUGUCAAUUACAGAGGUAAAAAAACAACAGAACAACCCCCCAAAAUAUAUAUAUAGUUUUUGUUAAAAUUCCACCAGGAAAAUAUUUUACAUCAAUGAAUAGAAAAUGAGAGGGAGUGGAUGAGAGGAAGUCUGUGAGAGUAUAAAUGCUCUGGUGUUUAGUAACUUGUUGUGUAGAGACACUGACUUUUCAACAUGUUGCUGUCUGUGCUGAUGUUGCUGAUUGUCUCUGGUACACAGGGAAGUCAUUAUCUUGGCACUGUGGUGACCUACUACACAAAGGAAACUUUUACAAAUGGUUCCGUCUCUGUAAGUAAAGAUUAUCUAUGCAUUACUUCAUGUUAUUUCUUUUAAACUGUAAUCAUACCUGAUAAUUCCUUAAAAUCUGCAGGUGAUCGUUCGAUUUAAGUAUAACUUCAAAACCUGUGGUUUUGGUACAUUUGUUUGCACUGGCAACUGUGGUGAUGAAAGCUUAGUUGGUAAAAAAUCCGAAGUUCAAACCAAUAUGUGGUGUCAGACUGAAGAGGUCACAUCUCAACUGCUUCCCAACAACUCUCCAUUUCAGCUUGUGUGAGUUUCAAUUUAUAAUGUUUAGAAAAAUAAGUAACUGUUUAGAUUUUCUGUGUAAUCUACUUAAGUUAAUAAACUAAAACGUAAAGAAUUAUUUAAUGCUUUGUCAUGACAGAACUUAAGAGUAUAUAGAUGGUAGAUGUCUAAAAAAGGAAAACUUAUGCAGAACAUCCAUUUCAGGUAUGAUAGUGGUAACUGGAUCACAAAUCUAUAUGACCUUAAAUCAUGGAGAGCUGUAGCUGAAGUUGAACCGAGGAGUCGGUCCGACACCAACAAACCAAACUCAUCACCACAGACCACCAUCUUACCGGUUCUGAGGUUUCCUUCAAACUGUCUGAGAAAUAUUAAUCUUGUGACCUUUGACCCUGAUGGAGACAAGGUCAAAUGCAGAUAUGCUGACCAUAGAGAGGAGGAAUGUGACUCACCCUGCACACCUCCACCUGUUCUCAGCCUGUCCUCUAAUUGUACGUUCUCCUUCAAUGCAACUUCAAAUAAAACUGAAGGCUUGUAUGCGGUCCAGAUGGUGAUGGAGGACCUCCCCAGAAAGCAAAUAACCCUGACUCAGGCUAAUGGGCCACAGGUUGUGAAAACUACCAGCGAUGCCAUCAGCAGGAUACCAAUCCAAUUUGGUAUACAAGUGGAUCCUGUAGCACCAUCAUGCUCAGAAGGUGAUUAUCUGCCCAGAUUUCUGCCUCCAACUCCAGAACAUGGAUCUCGGUUCUCCUGUAACGUCAAUCAGACUCUGGAGAUCAAAAUCAGCGGAAUCGCAAAUCAGGCUGGGACCCUGGAGCUUCUGUUAAGUGGACCUCACAAUGUGGUCAAAACUUCUUCAGGAUCAGGAAACUUCUAUCUGAAAUGGAAACCAUCUAUAUAUGAUGAAGGACCUGGCCAUCCCAUCUGUUUUGUUAUUCAGAGGUCAGACUUAGUUUUUUAGUCCAUA